CCAAGCCGGAAUCCCCAAGAACCGGAGCCCGUACAACAAACAAGAUGAUCUCCCAGAGCGUCCUCCUGAGCCUCGCCGGCGUGGCCAGCGCCAACUUCCUGCAGCUGCGCGCCCCCCAAGCUAGCUACGACCCCCAGUGUCUCCGCUUUGUCGGAACUCCAGACUUUGGCGACGGCGAUUCCGACUGCCACUGACCCUGCCAUCGCCUCGUGGAACUCGGAGCUGGCCAGCGCAACCAUCACCGACAUCUGCCAGGUCACGGUCCCGCCCGACGUCCAAUCGGCCUACUCGAGCAUCGCGGACAAGUACUCUUCCAUCGUGGAAGAGAACAAGGACGCCUUCAGUGCCGCCUCCAAGUACUGCGGCGACCUGAUGCCCGACCUUUCCGACGUUACCGCUUCCAUGGCUUCCCUGCCUAAGUGCACCAACGCCGCCGGCAGCUCUGGCUCGGACAGCGACGACGAUGACGAUAACGAUGACAACGACAACGACAACGACAGCGAAGGCUCCAGCGGCGGUGACAGGGACAACGCGGCCAGCCGCCCGACCGGCCUGCUCGGCAUGGCCGUCGCCCUCGCCGGCUUCCUCGGAGUCGUCGCUGUCCUCUAAGCCCAGCCAGCAAGAGGAUCAUCCGGGCGAGGGCGCGAAGGACAUGGGAGAAACAUGUCGGGUGGAAGGUGGUCCUGGUGUGACGUCAAAGGAGACGAGCGUCGGGGCAAUGCGCGUUUGAACAGAGAUACCUAAUGUUAAUUCAAAGCGUUUCCAAGCGUUC